CCAUAUCUUACGUCAUAAACUUUUAAUCUGCAUAAAAAAAAAAUUAAAAUUUUGAAAAAUUGCAUUCGCGUAUAGUAACAGCAUUAAUUACGAUUUUUAUAAAUACAAUGUGUUUACCUUUCUAUAUAUGAAAGCUGAUCGUUCACAAGAUAUUUAACACCGUGUAUAGUGCAAUUUGUCAAAUAUUGUUUGAUAAUUUUCCACCACCAAACGAAUCUUGCCCUCAUUGUUGCAUCAAGGUGCAAAUUGAAUUGAAUUGAAGUGAACUGCUCUUACAAUUGUAAACGAAUCGAUUAAAAAUAUAGCAUGGUUACUUUAUUAAUUAUACAAAGAUUGAUUUAAUCUCUCAAUGCUUGCAUAAGCUUAUGAUUAUUUUAUUGAAGCGUAUUUAGAAACACGUGGCACCGAAUAUACAUAGUAUAUGGUAGCAGAGUUCCGAUAAAUCCAACGCUUGCAUAAGACUUUAAGGUUAACUACAUAGAAAUUAAUUGUAAUAUUAUAAACUUUAUUAAUUGUGUAGAAUCUAUAUUGAAUAAUUAACAAUACAUUGUAUGUGUGUUAAAUUAAUAUAAUAACAUGAGACGAUAUUUUAUUAAAUUUUCAUAUAUCGGCACAAAAUACAGAGGAAUGCAAAAAAAUAUAAUUCCAUCAGCAAAGGUACGAAUAAAUGAUACUGAGACUAUUCAAGGAGCUAUAGAAGGUGCUUUCUUGAAACUAAUUCCACAAGUUUUAAGUUGGCCAAUAUUAACUUGCAGUAGUAGGACAGACUCUGGUGUACAUGGACUCUGUAAUAUAGCUCACAUUGAUAUAGAACACAAGUAUGAUGGUAUUUAUAAUCCUUAUGAAUCACUUAGGAAUUUAAAUAGGCAUUUAAUUCUGUGUGAUCAUGAUAUAAGGAUAUUGGACUUGAUUCCAGUAAAGAAUACUUUCCAUGUAAGAUACUGUGCAAAUUCUAGAACUUACCUUUAUAGAAUUCUAAAAGCAAAGGAUGUAAAAUAUCAUAAAAUUCCUAUAAUAGAAAUGGAACGUUGUUUUCAUUUUAGGUAUGUAAGGAAUCUGGACAGUUUAACCUUUGAAAAAGGUUCUCCACUUAUGCCAUAUGAUUCUCUCUCUGAAAAUUUUGAUUUCUGGGAUUUUAAAUGUACAGCCAAAGGUUUUUUAUAUAAACAGGUUAGAAAAAUUGUAACUGCUUUACUUGCUUUAGGAAUAGGUAAAAUAACAGAAAAAGAUAUAACUGUAAUGUUACAAGUUCCUGGACACAAGAAUUACAUGACUUCUUUGGGACUAGUUCCACCACAUGGUUUAUAUCUCUGGAAUGUUGGAUAUAACCAAGACUACUUGGACGAACAUACUAUAAAGUAUAGAAUAUCCGAUGAUGGUAUAGUUAUACCAUUAAAUGAGGAUUAAAUAUAAUGUACAUUUAAGAAUACAUAUAAAUAUCGCCAAAUAAUUUUUUUAAUUAUUUUAAUUUAUUUUACCUUUUUUAAAAAUACUAUUUGUAUAAUAACAAUGGAUUUAAAUAGUCUAAUAAAAAGUAAAAAGGUACAAUUGAAAAAAUGCAAAACUGUUGUAACCAACAUGUUUGGUCAAAAAUAUGAAGAGAUUAAUGGAAUAAAAACAGAAUUGUCUCUUACAGGAAUACCAUUUGUUAUAGACGAGAGACCUGAUUUACAAAUUGCAUAUAUACUACCAGGAUUGUAUUUAAGUUCCCAAGAUCCUGUUAUAAGCAAAGAAAUUUUGCAAAAACAUGAAAUUCAUCAUAUUUUAAGCAUUGGUAUUGAUGCAUCGAUAAAAUUUGAUGACAUUAAAUACUAUUAUUGUGACUUGUUAGAUUUACCUGAAUCUGAUCUUUCUAUAGCAAUUAAAAAAUGCAUUAAAAUCAUAAAUGAACAUCGCAAUGAAAAUAUUCUUGUGCAUUGCAAUGCUGGUGUAUCUCGUUCUCCAGCAAUUGUUAUAUCUUACGUAAUGGCUUACGAAAAAGUCUCAUACGAUAAUGCAUAUACUAAAGUAAAAAAUGUAAGAAAUUGUAUUAAACCUAAUGAAGGAUUUGUGCAACAAUUAAAAAAUUUACAAUUCUCAAAUAUAUUGUAACAUAUAAAUCAAAUGAUAAUGUAUUAUGUUAAAAUUUAUUUCUGUAAAGAAUGAAAGGAAAAAAUAACACUGUUUUAACAAUAGAUUAAUUAUAUA